AUGGCCACUGUCAUGGCCUCGACCAACGCGACUUGGUUCGACGACCUUCCACCUCUUCCUUCCUACACGGAGAAGGCCAUUCCAGACAUUGUUCCCGGCAUCCCGAACUUCUACAUGUUCCCCAUCCUGCCUAUCAUCAUCUACUGGAUCCUCUCCAUCUUCUUCCACAUUAUCGACACAUACGACGUUUGGCCGCAGUACCGUCUACACACGCCAGAGGAAAUCACCAAGCGCAACCAUGUCAGCCGCUACGAGGUCGCCCGUGACGUCGUCGUCCAACAGUUUAUUCAAAUCGGCAUGGCCCUCUUCCUCGACGCGACCGAGGCCGCCCAGAUGAUUGGUAGCGAGGAGUACGAUGUCGCUGUGUGGGCUACGCGCGUGCGCCUCGCCCAGCGCGGACUUCCUGCGCUCCUCGGCUUCCUUGGUCUCAACGCUGCGACCAUCUCGAAGAACAUGUCGGCCUCGCACCCUUUGAUCGCCGGCGCGCUUGCUGGCGGUCACUACCCGUCGCUCAUGAGCCCCUCCAUCGACGGCGUCAACGCUGUGCCCACCUUUGCACUGUGGGAGCUUUUGGUCGCCAAGGCUAUCUACUGGGCCAUCAUCCCGACCCUCCAGAUUUUCAUUGGCACCGUUCUGCUUGACACCUGGCAGUACUUCCUGCACCGCCUGAUGCACGUCAAUAAGUUUAUGUACACUACCUUCCACUCGCGCCACCACCGUCUCUACGUCCCUUACGCCUACGGCGCACUCUACAACCACCCCGUCGAAGGUUUCCUGCUCGACACCCUCGGCGCUGGUCUCUCUUACAAGGUCACCUUCAUGACCCAAAGACAGGGUCUGCUCUUCUUCUGCCUGUCGACGAUCAAGACGGUCGACGACCACUGCGGCUAUGCCCUGCCCUGGGACCCUAUUCAGCACAUCACGAGUAACAAUGCUGCCUACCACGACAUCCACCACCAGACUUGGGGCAUUAAGACCAACUUCUCCCAACCCUUCUUUACCUUCUGGGACCGCUUCCUGAACACCAGGUACAAGGGCAACAGGCAGAACCGCCUGUUGGAAAAGGAGAAGGCAGUCGCCGCCGCCAAGACCAAAUGA